UGCGCGCGCGCCGUGAUUGGCUGGUGGGAUCCGUUUAAUCCGCCGUGACUACUACGGGCUCCGCUCCCACACUCCUCCCCCUCGCUCGCUCGCGCCGCCCCGCCUGCGUCCGCACACAACACUGCGCUGUCUGGGUUCCAGGGAGAAUAUCAGCUCUGCGCAGGGAGGAGAGGAUUAGCGUGGCCGCUCGGCUCAUCUGCAUGCGCGUUCCCGGAGAACCACAUGAGCGCGUCCGGCUGAGCAUCCUUCAUAUAAAAGACCAGAGACCAGAACAUAGUUCUUUUAGCUCCUUUGAAUGAUUUGCAGACUUUUUCAAACUGAAGUCUUUGGUGAUGUCUCUUUUUAACCGGAUAAUGGCAGCAUUGUUUGAUAAGGACCUCCUUUAAGCGUCCAGGAGUUUGUUGGACUUUUGUGUCUUUUUGCUCUGGGGGGGGGGGGGCGCAGAAUGCCGUCCAGAGAGUCCUACAAGGCUCCCAAGGAGGAGACGUCGCUGGUGCAAAAGGCCAAGCGCGAGAGCAGUCAGGAGGACAUUCUGGCGGCGGCUCUGGGCAUGAGGAUGGGGCCCCAGAAGCCCCCGGCCACUUUCUGGCAGCCGCUGAAGCUGCUGGCCUACUCCCAGCUCACCUCGCUGGUGCGCAGAGCCACGCUGCGGGAGAGCGAGCGGACGCCCCGGUCCGAGAAGGUCCACAACUUCAAGGUCCACACCUUCAGGGGCCCUCACUGGUGUGAACACUGCGCCAGCUUCAUGUGGGGACUGAUGGCUCAGGGGGUCAAAUGUUCAGAUUGCGGCGUGAACGUCCACAAGCAGUGUUCGCCGCUGGUGCCCAACGACUGCAAGCCCGACCUCAGGCACAUCCGCAAAAUCUACAGCUGCGACCUCACCACGCUGGUGAGGGCUUGUAACACGGCGCGGCCCAUGGUGGUGGACAUGUGCAUCAGAGAGAUCGAGUCCAGAGGACUGAAGUCUGAAGGCCUCUACAGAGUAUCUGGGUUCAGCGAUUCAGUUGAAGAAGUCAAGAUGGCGUUUGACAAAGAUGGAGAGAAGACAGACAUCUCAGUCGACGCCUAUGAAGACAUCAACAUCAUCACAGGUGCACUGAAACUGUACCUCAGAGAUUUGCCGGUUCCCGUCAUCUCCUACGACGCGUACCCCAGGUUCAUCGAGGCUGCAAAGCUCUCAGACCCAGAGAAGAAACGCGAGGCUUUCCGCGAGGCUCUCGCUCUGCUACCGCCGCCACACUGUGAGACCCUCAAGUACCUGGUGGCACAUUUAAAGAGGGUGACGCAGAACGAGAAGUUCAACCUGAUGAACGCAGAGAACCUCGCCAUCAUCUUCGGGCCCACUCUGAUGCGGGCGCCAGACAACGACGCCAUGGCGGCGCUCAACGACAUCCGCUACCAGAGGCAGGUGGUGGAGGUGCUCAUUAAGAACGAGGACAGGCUCUUCUGAGCGCCGGCCGGGACUUGGCAGUGAGUUGUUUGUGAUGAAGGAUUUUUGUACGGACCGGCGCCGACCUCUCGCCCGCCCGUCGACCUCACCUCUUGCCUCCCCAUUUUUGUCGGGGGACUCUCAGAACCAGCUGUCAGACCAGCAUGCACGGUGAUAGUGGCCCAGCAUGAGGUGACGAUUGUGUAGCUCUGUGAUUUUUGCUUUGUAGUAGUUGUAGUCCGCAUCCCCACUAUGUGAAACUGAUGUCAAAACAAGCUACUGAUUUUUCUGACAGAACUUUUCCGAUGCUGUUUUUUAAUAUUCUAACUGUUCCUAUUAAACCUUUCCUGCUAAUGUGUCCGCACUGGUGCACACCUUAACGUUUCUAUUGUUUUUGGUUAUUUACAUUUUUUUACUGUAAUGUUUUUGUACAAAAACUUGUGCAUGAUCACUUUUAAACCUAUUAAAACUUACUCUAAAAGACCAAGCGCUUCCUGGGUCACUGAACAUGAAUAAAUGUCUCCUUUAAUGUUGCUUUAGUACUUGAAGAGGUCUUUGCAAGGUCCUUCAGCACCCAGAUCAGUGUUAAUGUGUGUUGAUGUUUGCAGAAUCCUUGUCCACGAUGAUAAAAUUGUUUGAAAUAUGAUUUUUUUGUUAUACAUGCAAAAAUAAAUUGAAGUAAAACUCCAAACUAGCGAUACAGUGAACUGCUCAUAGGCUGCGUUUGCAGCGCGUCGGCUUUGGAGCAGCAUGUUCGCUUGCAGCGACGAGAGGAGCCUGUCAGAAGGAGCUGACGGGUUCUUCAUGCUGCACAUUCAGAGUGACAGAACCCGCCUGAAAGCUACAUGUCACGUGCCGUUAUAGAAACCGCUCCAGGUCACACUGCUUCACGCUGAGUUAAAAAAAAACUCCCACUAGAUGUUAAUUAGUGGAUGUAUGU